AUUCUGGAAAAAAAACGAUUAUUGACUCAUUUUUUCCUGAAGGUGAGAAUAUUUAAAUAGUUUCUUUUUCAAAAGAGAAACAAAAUUGUUUUGAUUUUAUUUAGCUGCUGAUCGAUAUUCAUUAGGUCAUCUAUUAUUAACUGGUUCUACAAGUAAAGAUGCUAUUGCAUCAUGGUGUUCUGUUAUUUUACUUGCACAUUUAAUUGCUGAUAAUCCAAAACGAAAAGAAAAUAUACUCAAUGUUAUAUCAGCAGUUGGUCAAUCACCAACCGGUGCUAAAACAUUAUUAGAAAUAACAAUUGAUUUAUUAAAAAAUGUGAAUUAA